AUGGUUAACUCCAUAACACACUUCAAUUUCAAUCUCAUCAUCUUCUUCUUCCUCCUUCUUGUUAGCAAUGAUACUGCAGAAGCACAAUCAACAAUAAUGCAACCAUCAUCACCAACAAUCUUAUGGGACGUGUCUUCUAUCGUGGUAAUUGUCGUAGCAAUCAUUAUCACACUCAUCUUAAUUUUCAUCUUCUCAUUGUUUCUGCGCCGCGCCACUAAUCCAUCAAUGGAAGAGUUAUCAAAGCGCGAACUUGGCAUUGGUAUCAACCCUCAAAUUCUAAAAAGUUUUCCAAUUUUAUUAUACUCUUCCAUCAUCAACAAUCUUAAGGAAAGUGAAGAUCCUCUACAAUGUGCUGUUUGUCUUGCUGAUUUCAACAACAAUGAUACAAUUCGUGUGUUACCUCAAUGUAACCAUAUUUUUCAUCCUCCUUGUAUUGAUGCUUGGCUUUCUAACCAUGCUACUUGUCCUGUUUGCCGUACCAAUCUCAAUCAUCAAUGUUCAUGUCAUUUGGCAAUUUCUAUCGACACACAAGUCAACGGUGAACGUGGAAAUGAAAGCGUGUAA